CACACGCUGGUGCCGUAUCUCAUCUCGAAAAUGACCACAGUAUUUUCUGUGCUUUAUUGUAGUCAAUUGUAUCGCCAGAAGAAGGUCAAAAACUGGCAAGAUGGGACGGUGACGUUUGAGGCAGAAUCGCGCAAGCUUUCUCUCUUUGACAAUCUUGAUAACAAGCUUGAAACCCUGUACAAAUGGCGACGUGUCGUUCCCGGUGAUGAAAUAGAUUUUGACCGUUAUUUUUGCAUGGUGGAAGCACCCUUGUGCCCGGGAAACGGAAAAGAAUUGGAGAAUGAGGAGCAUAGCAAAGCAACUGUUCCUUUAGUGUCCCCAAUUCGAUCUUCUUCGGUCUCCCAGCGAGGACUGAACAUAGCGCGACCUUAUAAGCCACCCCGCCAAAAGCUCGAAAAUGGCGGCCGGUCGCUUAUGAAUGUGCCCAAGCAAGGUGGCAGCGGAAUCCAGGCUUCACACCAAGCAGAGUCAUUGGGAGGUGGCGCCCGAAUCAAGGCUGGAUCCCGUGGAACCGCUCCAGUCAAAAAGGUUCUGCGAUCUCCAACGGACCUGAUAACCAUGUUCUUAGCCACACCGCCACCUGCCUGUUUGGCCGGUCUGAUGAAAGUGAAUCCGGUGCAUCGAUCAAACGAGGUCUGUACAGGACGUCUCCCAGAUGGAUUAGUCAACCUUCGCCAAGCUCAGAACGAUGACUCCACUCAGUUUUUGUGCCACGAAAAUUCCGUCGUCGAAGAACAGGAGCGCGCCAAACGAAGGAGGCUUCUCAUGGAACCCAAUACGGUAGAUCGAGGUCAUCAAGAGAGCACGGCGUAUUCUCGUCUGGGUGAGCCGGGUGAAGCUUCGUUGCCAUCCAGCGAUAUUCCCAAAGACAAAGAGGGCCAUGAUGCGGUCCAUCCUGCCUUUGAUAGCUUACGAUUUCCAACAUCAAAAGUGCGCUCCAGGCUGUCGCUGAAGAAAUUGAAGCGCUCCGCAUUGAUUCCUACACGGUUUGCCUCCCCUAAGUUGUAUCGCGAGCACUUUAUCCGCGCUGUUUCGGAACAUUUGCAAGUGGAACUAUCAACUAUUGCUGUUAAAUUUCACCUAGCAAUGAAUGAGAGGGCCACGUUUGGUGACACGGAGGAUUAUCUUCGGAGCAAAGGCGUGGCCUUUUAUGCAAAUUGUUCCUUUAUAUGGUCUCGGAAAACAUCACAUAUGCAUCAACCUAGCCAGCACUUGGGCGACAGCAUCUUCUUGAAAGUCAAUAAAAGAGAACAUCACACGGCCUACAGCAAAGAUGUCAUUUGGAUUAUCUCGGAUUCCUGCGACUUCAAUGAAGCGUUCCUUGCCCGUUCCUUAUUCUUUGGAGUUUCGAAGAGUGAUACAGUAGAACUGUGUCCGCUAGAUGCAUAUGAUGUGCGAAAGACACGAGAUAUUCUUGGUGCCUCUGGGACUGCAAAGCCGGUUUGGGCAAUUCGCGGUGCUCAGGCGAGUGGGGAACUUCAGAUGAUAGACGCCCUGCGGGAACACCUGGAGAAGACACCGCUUCUUCCAUGGUUACUCGAUGUUGGAUCCGCUCAGAAAAAGUGCCCUAGCUCCCGCUCAUUGAAGUCCGCUGCUAGUACGCCGUUGAUUAAGCAAGACUGUCUGGAUAUAUACCAAGACACACUGGAAGCCCUCUCCAAAGAAUUUGGCCUAAAUUCAGACCAAACGAGGGUCCUCCAGUCGUUUGCAGAUAGCAUUUCCACACCGGAUCAUCAGCCUAUCACACUAGUUCAUGGGGUGUUUGGUUCCGGGAAAAGCUUUCUGAUAUCAGUUCUUAUAAUAUUCCUUCAUCGUAUAUUGGAACUGGAUCUAAUUGGUAUUUCAAAGGAUACAUUCAAGGUCACGAUAGCUUCAAUGACCAACGUUGCCGUGGAUCGAAUUCUCUUGGGACUCCUGAACCUUGGGUUCACGGAGUUUGUGCGCGUCGGAAGUCUCAAGAAGAUCGCCAAACUGCUGUUACCAUUCACUGCACAAUCAAAGCAGGAAGAUGAUGCAAAAGAGUUGCGGGAACUUCUCGAUGAGUCUUUGACGGAAUCUGACCGGAGAGCUGUUCGGGCGACGAUUGCCAAAUUUAAGCAAAAUGAAAAUCAAGCUCUACUAGCUAAAUCUUUCGUAGUGGGUGUAACCUGCUCGGCGACGAACUUCGAGAUCUUCGAUGACUUCAAAAGUACAAUAUUGAUCUUGGACGAAUGCAGUCAAAUGACGGAGCCUCUUUCCCUCCUUCCCCUUGCUCGGUUCUGUACGCGAAAGGCACUGCUAGUUGGAGACCCGCUUCAGCUCCCACCAACUAUUUCUUCCAAUUGUGGACACAAGGAAGGCUUAGAUAGAACCCUAUUCGAAAGAUUGGCGGCCGCUGGGCUUAAGCCGAUUCUUCUUCGCACACAGUAUCGGUGUCAUCCUAUAAUUGGCUCGGUGGCCGAUUCCUUAUUCUAUAGAGGCCAGCUGAUCCAUGGCACAUCUGCGGAUGAUUGUAAGACUCUGGUAAGCGGCUUACCAACAUUGUGCUUUGUGGAUGUGGAAAACGGAUGCGAGAUAAGGCAAAGGGGAGGGAGCUUCGUCAAUGCUGAAGAGGCUGACUUCGUUGUAAAGUUGACAUACCUGCUCGCAGAAAAAGGUGUCGAAGCCAGUGACAUCGGUGUUAUCUGCCUGUACAAAGACCAAUCCGAAAUGAUUGCAUCAAAGUUACGAGACGGGGUAUUGAAGAACCUUGCUCAGACGUCGACCGUUGACGCUUUCCAGGGGGCGGAGAAGUCCAUUAUUAUCCUGUCAACAGUGCGGACUAAGUCUGCGGGUUUCAUUGAUGAGCCGCGCCGAAUUAACGUUGCAUUGACCCGUGCUAGGAGGCACAUGAUAAUUGUUGGUCAAAGACGCUUGCUUUGUUCAAAUCGGCUCUGGAGUUCUGUGCUCAACGAUCAUUGUGCCAGUAUGUACCAUGACGUAGCCGGAGAAUCGCUGGAGAUGAAUAUUAUCCUUUAAGCAACCCCAUAGGAACCGUUACGGGCAUCUUGCAUCAAGCCGAGUUGUUGAACAUUAUUCAAAUGGGAUCAAAUGAUCCAAUUUACGGGAGUGAUUCUACCCAGGGAGAACUGGGAAAGUUUACCAAAGUAUCCAAUCAUAGACAGCUGUAAUGUCUCGUCCAUAUAUACGAAGUAUCCAAUCAUAGAUAGCUGUAAGGUCUCGUCCAUAUAUGCGUAGUGUAAAAUUAAAUACAUCAAACAACACAAAGUCA